GUUAUACUUUGCCACAGCCGUAGAAGCUAAGCAGGAAGUGGUCUGCAAAAUACGGGUACGUAUUUGUUUCCUACCCACACAUUGUACAGAGAAGGGCCCCUACAGUUAGACCGUCAGCUUCCUGCUUCACUACUGUCAACGAAACUAACUCAGUUUCAAGUCUUCAACAUCACUUUGCAGAUUUUGAACCUUCUAGGGUUUGGAUCCUCUACACUUCUCACCAUAAAAUUCAGAAUGCACCUUCCCUUCCGCGUCCUCACUCUCUUUGCCUUCCCUUUACUCCAGCCAUAAAAGCCCUACUUUAUCCCGAAUCGAAGUGGGUCCGGGCCUGUUUAGUUAAUGUCGGGGCCCCCGCUGGUAAAAUACACGAGCCAUGCCGCCGAUUCGGAGAUCCGGUCCGUUCUUGGUCCCGCUGGCAACAAGGCGAGAUCAGAGGAAUUGCGGAAGCCCGCCGAGAAGUUGAAUGCCAUCACGGUGGAGAAGCCAGCGGAGAGCGUUGACGAUAAGUCCCAGGCAAUGCAGGCCGAGGCGGAUCAGCUGCCCAAAUCACGGUCUGCAGCUAAGAAAUGCGCGAGUGCUGGUUCAAUUCUGAGGCAGCACCAGGAGCACAGGUCGUUUCGGAUGAGGUCAAAUCUGUGGAUGAGUGCUUCUUGCUCAUCCGAUGCAUCCUCUGAUUCUUCUCAGAGCAGAGCUUCAACUGGGAAAAUUAGUAGUCGGAGUGUGAACCUUUCAUCAGCUCGGAAGAAGCAAUGCAGCUCAAAAUUGGAGAAUAAUGGUAAAGUUGCCAGUGAAGCCGAGAGCUUGACUGUGAGUUUAGAAGAUGGUUCUGUAGCAAAGAAAAAAUGCUCUUGGGUGACAUCUAACACGGUGAUGAGGGGCUGGAAUACAUGGCUAUUAGGAUAUUUUCAUGCUUUGGUGGCCAACAAUUCAAUACGAUAUUUGGUUCAUGACAUGCUUGUGAUUCAUUUCACAAUAAAUCCAUCCUAUUCUACUUUUCAUGAUGAGGAAUGGGGAGUUCCUGUCCAUGAUGAUAGGAAGCUUUUUGAACUACUAAGUUUGUGCACUGCAUUAGCUGAACUUACAUGGCCGACCAUUCUCAGCAGAAGGCAAACAUUCAGGGAAGUGUUUCAAAAUUUUGAUCCUGUUUCUGUCUCGAAACUAAAUGAGAAGAAGAUAGCGGCACCAGGAGGUCCGGUCAGCUCUCUUUUGUCAGAGUUAAAGCUCCGGGCAGUUAUUGACAAUGCACGCCAAUUUUGUAAAAUAAUUGAUGAGCAUGGGUCCUUCAACAAAUACAUAUGGGAUUUCGUAAACAACAAGCCUGUGGUCUGUAAUUACCGCUAUCAGCGACAAGUUCCGAUCAAGACAUCCAAAGCUGAAAUGAUAAGCAAAGAUCUGGUCAGAAGAGGUUUCCGAGGAGUUGGGCCCACCGUCAUCUACUCUUUCAUGCAGGCUGCAGGAAUUACAAAUGACCAUCUCAUCAGUUGCUUCAGAUUCCUGGAAUGUAUAGCUGCUUCUGCUGAUGCAACUAACAAAGUUGACAGUCUUAAAGUUGAUGCUCAUAUAAAACAACUGGAGGAUGAAGCUGAGAUGGGACUAGUAAGGGCUAUUGAUGACUUGAGCCUAUCCUCAUAGGUAUGCUUUGUUAAGUAGAUGCAUUGUAAUUUACACUUAUUAUAAAAGGGCAGCUUCCUGUGCCCGCCCUUCUGUGCGAGACAGUUUGAAGGGUGAGGCGACCAUGUGUACAAAUGACUAUGAGACUACUACAUUUAUUUCUUUGUAGAUUGUAAAGUAGAAUUUGUCUGCAUAGAGAACAAUAUGCAGGUACCCUUGGAAGUCCUCCAAUUUUUUGUUCAGUCUAAUUUCAGUUCCUUGAGCUCUGUACAGUUUUUACUACCUUUAAAAUGUUCUAGCAUAUACAACAACAUCCGAGCCUUGUUCCUGAAAAAGUUUGAGAUCGG